AUGUUUAACUGGUUUGGCCUUUUUAACAAGAGCUCUCAAGAAGCAACCUGGAACCCAACCACGAUGACCAUGGAGCUGCAGCAGCCAACCAGCCCCGAAGCACCUUCCACAAAGCGUGUUGACGUUGAAACAACUGGCGCAGAAGAAUCCACACAAAUGAAACUGCGCGGUGGUGGCGGUGUUGUGCCGGUCUUCUCUGCUUUGAGUGUUGCGAGUGCUGUUGCUAGGUGCAAGAUACCUUACCUCCUGCCUCCCCUCCGCCGUCUCGUUGAAUAUGGAUAUCGGCAUCGGUGGCAUAUUACAUGGUUGAAUUGGAUAUCCGCCAGGCGUGCUAAGAGAUAUCAUCCUGUCAAUUGUCGGUUUUGAGCACAUGCAUAUAGGUGCCUCUCGGUUAAUUCAUUGCCUUUAAGCUUCGUCCC